AAAACCCUUGGGAGAUUGCUCGAAGAUGGCGGAUUUGAAGGUGGAGACGAUUGCGAGACUGGCUCAAUGGAAGAUCGAAAAUUUUGGGCCGGCCACGCCUUACAAGAGAUCUGAUCCUUUCAAAAUCGGCAUAUGGAACUGGUAUAUACGUACUUAUCGGUUGAAAAGAACCGAUCAAUGUACAUCCGGCUAUUCCCGGAGCCGUCGCGGAUUUCGAAGGAUCAGCCGCCGCUUGCUCGGUUCGUCCUCCGCGUGACCACGUCUAGCUCCAAUCGCAGGCCCUUCGUUUCCCCCAUUCAUGAGAGAGUGCUUCGAACAAGCGAUGACUUCUCCUGCCCUAUCGAUUUCAGCAUUCAGGGUCGUUUCAUCAUAGAUGUUGAGUUUCUGGAUCUUAAGAUCUGCCCGUUAAAUGGUGGAGAUGGAAGUUCCAUAUGGCCGGGAGACGAAACUAUGCAAUACCUAGCAACUCAAAGUACUCUCAAAUGUCUUUCCCGAAUGCUCGAGGAGGCCAUUCACGCAGAUGUGACUAUCUACACAGCAGAUGGAACACUAAAAGCCCACAAAGCAAUCCUGUCUGCAAGUUCCCCUGUUUUCCAAAGCAUGUUCCAGCACGACCUCAAGGAGAAAGAAUCUUCGACAGUCAACAUUGAAGACAUGACGUCUGAUUCCUGCACAGCCCUUCUCAGCUACUUGUAUGGAACGAUAAGCCAAGAAGCUUUCUGGAGGCACCGGCUGGCAUUGUUGGGGGCGGCGAACAAGUAUGACAUAGUGGACUUGAAGGAUGCCUGCGAAGAAAGCCUUCUGGAAGACAUCAACUCUGGAAAUGUACUUGAAAGACUGCAAGAGGCUUGGCUUUAUCAACUGGAUAAGUUGAAGAAAGGAUGCUUGAUGUAUCUACUUGAUUUCGGCAAGAUUUAUGAUGUCCGAGAAGAAAUGAACACUUUCUUCAGACAGGCUGACAGGGAAUUGGUGGUAGAAAUGUUCCAGGAGUUGCUUGCAGUUUGGAAACCAGCAUAAUUCACCGUUGCCAGAGGUCAGUACUUUACGCUUUGUUAUGUAGUAAGAAAUUCUAUCUGCAAUUUAGUCGUCGAAUGUAUAGAUAAGUAUGUAAUAUGUAUAUGUGUUGACAGACGAUCUGAUCCGUUUAUCUUUUAAAUGAGAAAAAUAUGACAUGUUCUAAUGACA